AUGACGUGGUGUAAAGGUCACGUCGAGUACGAGUCGCGGAGCGCGUGGACGACGAUCGCACUGAUUGCUGCCCUCAUAGUACCGCUGCUGGUAGGCAUUUGCUGUGUGGUGUCGCGAGUGUACCGGCGCAGCGGCCGGCUGAGCCUGCGGUACCAGACGGCGCGGGCGGCCAAGAGGCGCAACUCGGUGCUGGCCCUGAGCACGGUCGACCUGUCGUCGGCGGGCGCGGCGGCCAAGCAAAACGGGCGCCGCCGCGACGAUGGAGAAAAUGACGACGACAAUGAUGGGUCGUCCACCGACGAGGGCCCGGCCAGUUCGGUGCCCAGUUCCACGAACCCGCGCCGGUCGUACGACGCCGUGUACCGGACGCACGAGCCGCUGCCCGGCAAACCGGAAGUGGACUUCGACCACAACAAGGUCUGGGACCUGGACGCCGAGUACGAGGGACAGCUGGACAAGGUGGACAAGAGGACGGCCAUUUACGUACCUGGAUCGCCGACGUUCUCGGAGCCACCGCCACCGCCGUCGCUGCCGCCGCUUCAGCCGAUGAUCCCCGGGGCGGCCACGGGAUGGCGGUCGCCCGCCGGACCGUCGGUGGCGGUCCAAAAACAGAUUUUGCCGUCUAGAUUCAAAGAUUCGUUUUGA